AUGGCCAGCUUUCUCGAGCAAUUGCGCAACCGUAAAACGGAGCUGCAGCGCACAGAAACCACCGUUACGUACAUGGAUGGUAGCCGUAAGAUAUUCCGCAACAAUUGCGAAAUCGAUGCCCCGCCCCGGCUGGGCUUCAUCGUGGACAACAGUCCCGAUCAGGUGCCGGCCUGUAUCGUUUCGCAAUUUCUGUACCUGGGUUCGCAGGACUGCGUGCGACCGGAGGUGCUCGAGAAGUACGGCAUCACACACGUGCUCAGCGUUGGCAUAGAAACGCCACCGUUCGACGAGUGGCGAACAGAAGGCGAACAGCAACAGUCCCGGAUAGAAAGCCGGUUUGUCGAGUGCUUGGAUCUUCCGGAAACGAAUCUGGCCGAGGUGCUGGUCAAAACGAACGCCUUCAUAGACGGCUGCAGGGCGUGCGGGGGGCGCGUACUGGUGCACUGCAAUGCCGGCGUGUCUAGGUCGACGUCGGUGGUUGUGGGCUACCUGAUGGAGCGGUGUGAUCAAUCGUUCAUGCAGGCAUUCGGAACGGUCAAGAGCAAGAGACCAUGCGUGCAACCAAAUGCUGGUUUUAUUAAACAACUGAAGCAAUUGCAAUCAUAAACUGUUGUGUAUCCAGUUCGAUCGAUAUUUGUGUAGGUGAAUGGCGAAGAAAACAUUUCGCCAUAAUUGAACUUAACGCUAGUCCAUACGGUUUGCAUGAAAACGAAACGGACGAAUACACGUGUUAGAUAGCACAAAAAUACACAAACUAUUAUAUGUAUAAUUAAAUGUAAUGGUGUUAUACAUAAAA